AUGUCGCCCGCGGAGAAAAUUCUACUGCUGACUGUUCCUACUCAUGUCUUACAAUCCCGACCGCUGAGGAAGAAUUAUAAUCAACUGUCGUCCAACGAAAAGUUAGACAAUCGACAAAUUGAGAAUAUUCACAUUGAAGAAGCUGCAGUAGAUUCAGAUGCGAGCAGCACAGAUUUGGAAGAGCGCGAUAUGCGUGGAGUGUGCCCACCUUGCGCACAUGACCGAUACAACAACAAUAUCCGCCGACACGACCACGACGACUUCAGCGAUGACACAGAUUACGACGAAGCGUUAACGUGCAACGUCUGCGACCGCUCGUUCCCCACGCGCCGUCAGCUCAGUGACCACCAGCAGAAGAAAAGGCAUUUUGGAUGCGUGGCAUGCGACAGCCUGUUCCCAUCGCUAAUGGCGCUCGAGCACCACAAGGAGGAAUUCCAGCACUGGAGCGACUCCUCCUGCUGCUCGCGCUCCGACUCCGAGGACUCCGACGAGUGCCACGAGGACCGCCAUCGGCUACUCUAAUGCCACCACCUCAUUAUUGCCGGGGACAACGCAUCCAAGCUCGGGACCUUCGUGUGAUGGCG